AUGAUCGCCCGCCAGAUUAUCUCGUUGCUGAACAUUUUCGAUUGCGUCAUGUUAUUGACUGCCACUGCCCUGCUAAUCUCAAUCAUGGUGACAAUCUAUUUGUUUGGAUGUGGCGGCAAGGAUAGAUCACGAACACAAGCAGGAGCACAAGAGCCACCGACUGUGUCGAAACAACUAGAAGCCAAGGCACCAAAAAGCGCGGAGCACGCACCUGACCCCAACGCUGGACCCUCUGUAAAUAGGUCCGUGAAAUCGAAAGUUGAAGACGAUGGUGGCUAUGAGUCCUGCCCUGACAUGACACCGUCCCAACUGGCCAAAGCUGCGAAGCUGCAAGACUGA